GUUUGCGGACUUUUUGAUCCCGUCUGUACGUGCCCGAGUGUAAGCUUAAAUCGCUUCCUCUAUCUUAUCUUUGGACCCUGAAAAGCCACCACCCCACCAGGGAAUACCCCGCCGUCGAAUUCACUUCGUCCGUUCCAUUUCAUUCCGAGCCCGCCUCGGCCGGUGUCAGCCCUCUACUUCAAACCAGCUCAACCCAUCCUCCCUUCCUCCUAACCUACCCACGACUUUGAUCCUCUUCCAAGCCAGACCACAAACCAAACUGUCUAAGAAACUAAGGAUCAAAGCCACAAUGGCGGCCCCAGCCCCCAACCGCCCCCUCGUAGUCGGCGACCCGUCCGGCCCGUUUCCCCCUUACCCCCUCCGCAUGUCGGGCCAAGUGAUAAGCGGAUUCGGGCGCGGCUCCAAAGAACUCGGCAUCCCAACGGCCAACCUGCCCGUAGACGACGCCCUCACCCCCUGGAUCUCGUCGGUCCCCUCGGGCGUUUACUUCGGUUGGGCAUCCCUCAACCUGCCGCCAUCCCACCCAGAUUCCACACCCACACCCACCACACCCACCACAACUGAAACCGAAAUUCCGGACUGGAGCAGUAGCAGCCGAACGCGCGGCGCAAACGGCUUCACCGUCUAUCCCAUGGUCAUGUCGAUUGGGUACAACCCCUUCUAUAAGAACACGGUGCGCUCGGCCGAGGUGCACGUGCUGCACGAUUUCGGCGCCGACUUCUACGGCGCCGAGAUGCGGCUGCUCAUCACGGGCUUCAUACGCGAAGAAAAAGACUACAGCGGGCUGGAGGCGCUGAUCGCCGACAUCAAGUUCGACUGCGAGGUUGCGAAACGGAGUCUGGCGAGGGAAGGGUGGGCGCCUCGCGGGGUUGACGUCGAGAUUGAUCUGCCAGGUGAGGCUGGGGAGGAUCGCGGGGUGGAGAAGGUCGUUAUGAGGGGCGAGCUGGACUGUGCGUGGUUGAUACGGCCUAGUCAGCUGCCGAAGGAGAAAGGGGAUGAGGAAGGGAAAUAGGCGGUGAUGGAUAGGGAGCGAUCGGGUGGGAUGAAGGAGUUGGUGUUGGAUGAGGGUACCUGGAUGUAGAGCGUGUUAAAGGAGUUAAGCGUCAAACAAUUCAUGAGAAAGGGAUUAUGGUUAGAGAUCGAACAAUUCAUGUUCUGACUGCCAACCCAGUGGCAACCCCAGAGUCCCAAAUAGUCAUAUACCAAGGUAUCCGAAUCCAAACCGU